GAAAAAACGUAAUAAUAAAUAAUAAAUUAUAAAGAGGCGGCAGUUCGAAACCAUAUCAGGCGGCUAUUCCAGUGUUAUAUAAAAGCAUCUAUAGCAAUGAAAACUUAGGUUUAUUUGUUUCUUCUUCUUCAAGCUCUAUAGACAUCACAUAUAUGGUUGCACCAAUUAUAGCAGGCGCUGCUGUAGCUGCUGCUGCCUAUGCUGGCAGAUACAGCAUCCAGGCCUGGCAGGCGUUCAAGGCCAGACCACCAACAGCCAGGCUACGAAAAUUUUAUGAAGGUGGUUUUCAACCUACUAUGACAAAGAGGGAAGCAGCUCUAAUACUUGGAAUCAGAGAGAGCACUCCAAUGGAUAAGGUUAAGGAAGCCCAUCGGAGAAUGAUGGUUGCAAACCACCCAGAUGCAGGUGGUAGCCAUUACCUCGCUUCUAAAAUAAAUGAGGCGAAGGAUCUCUUGCUUGGAAAAGUAAAGGGUGGGGGGUCUGCAUUUUGAUGCUAUUGACAUGUUCCAUUUCAACUAGACCAUUCUGGAAUAGCUUAUUAUUCUGAGUUGGGCCGCACAAAGGCUCAUAUCCAAUUCUUGAAGUUAUUCUGAGUUGGGCCGCACAAGGCUGGUAUCCAAUACAAUUCUUGAAAUUACUGCAGUUUGAAUUACUGUAGAACCCACAUUGAUGUACUGUAAUUGGAGAAUCAUGAACUCUUCUAAUUCAAGUUAACUGAAUUGAUGUUGCACUGA